AUGUCUGCUCAGUAUCAUUCCUCAUCCCUCUCACCAAGGGAGAGUCUCUUUCAAAAGCACGACGACGACGUCGUCAUCGUUUCUGCCAUUCGCACCGCUCUUACAAAGGGUGGUCGGGGUGGCUUCAAAGACACCUAUCCUGAAGAAUACCUCGCAGCAGUCCUAAAAGAAGUCUACACCCGAGCUAACCUUGACCCCGCCCUCAUCGAAGACAUUGCAGUAGGGAACGUCUGCCCUCCUGGCGGAGGUGCCAAUGCUGCUCGAAUGGCUGGAUUUGCAGCCGGUAUUCCCUACACCGCCGCAUUGAACACCGUUAAUCGUCAAUGUUCGAGUGGGUUGGCGGCCGUUAAUCAGAUCGCUAAUGAAAUUAGGGCUGGUGAGAUUGACAUUGGUAUCGGCUCCGGUGUGGAAUCCAUGUCCAUGUUCUAUGGUCAAGGCAUGUUCCCCUCCGGUUGGUCCGAAUCCGUCCUCUCCCACCCUCUCGCCGCAGACUGCCUCGUCCCGAUGGGUAUCACCUCUGAAAACGUUGCUGAGCGCUACGGAGUCACUCGACAGGAUCAAGAUGCCUUUGGAGCCGAAUCAAUGCAAAAAGCGGUCAAAGCUCUCAAGGCGGGCCUAUUCAAAGAUGAGAUUUUACCCAUCAAGACGAAAUGGGUUGAUCCAAAGACAAAGGAAACCAAAGAGAUUGUCGUCGAUUGGGAUGAUGGAAUCAGGGAAGGUGUGACCCCCGAGGUGUUGGCAAAACUGAAGCCUGCCUUCAAAGCAAAUGGAACAACGACUGCUGGAACAGCCAGCCAAGUCUCAGAUGGAGCAGCUGCCGUUCUUUUGGCACGAAGGAACGUCGCCAAGAAGCUCGGGCUGCCCAUCUUGGGCAAGUUCGUCGCCGGUGUAGCCGUGGGUGUUCCACCUGACAUCAUGGGCGUUGGGCCUGUGUUUGCUAUCCCCAAAGUGUUGGAGAAGAGUGCGAAGGGACUGACGGUCAAUGAUGUGGAUGUGUUUGAGAUUAAUGAGGCGUUUGCCAGUCAGGCUCUUCAUGUUGUGAGGACGCUUGGGAUUGAUUCCAAGAAGGUCAAUCCGCAGGGGGGUGCCAUUGGCAUUGGACACCCUCUAGGGGCGACUGGUGCACGUCAGAUCGUGACGGGUCUUGCACGGACGAAGAGAACGGGCGAGAAGGUUAUCGUGACAUCUAUGUGUAUUGGAUCUGGGAUGGGCAUGGCUUCGCUCAUUGUGAACGAGCAGAAUUAA